CAUCCUGCCUCCGUCACCCCUCGCUCUCCGCCAUGCCGUUCGGGAAAGGCUGGAAGAAGAAGGUGGAGGACAUCACGGCCGUCUACGACAUCAAGGAGAAGCUGGGCGCAGGGGCCUUCUCCGAAGUGGUUCUGGCCCAGGAACAUGGAUCCCAGCGUUUGGUGGCGUUAAAAUGUAUUCCGAAGAAAGCCCUGAGGGGCAAGGAAGCAGCGGUGGAGAAUGAAAUUGCGGUACUCAAGAAGAUUCAACAUGAGAACAUUGUGGCUCUGGAGGACUUCUAUGAGAGCCCCACGCAUCUCUACCUGGCCAUGCAGCUGGUGACGGGAGGGGAGCUCUUCGACCGCAUCAUCGAGCGGGGCUACUACACGGAGAAGGACGCCAGCCUCCUCGUCCGGCAGGUCUUGGAAGCGGUGAAUUACCUGCACAGCCUGGGCAUCGUCCAUCGAGAUCUCAAGCCCGAGAACCUUCUCUAUGCCACUCCGUUCGAGGGCGCCAAGAUCAUGAUCACGGACUUCGGGCUGUCCAAGAUUGAGGCCGACGGGAUCAUGUCCACGGCGUGUGGCACCCCUGGCUACGUGGCCCCUGAGAUUCUGGAGCAGAAGCCAUACGGAAAAUCCGUGGACUCGUGGGCCCUCGGGGUCAUCUCGUACAUCUUGCUGUGCGGUUACCCCCCGUUCUACGACGAGAAUGACUCUGAGCUCUUCAACCAGAUUCUGAAAGCUGAAUACGAGUUCGACUCCCCGUACUGGGACGACAUCUCCGAGUCGGCCCCUGAGAUUCUGGAGCAGAAGCCGUACGGAAAAUCUGUGGACUCGUGGGCCCUCGGGGUCAUCUCGUACAUCUUGCUGUGCGGUUACCCCCCGUUCUACGACGAGAAUGACUCUGAGCUCUUCAACCAGAUUCUGAAAGCUGAAUACGAGUUCGACUCCCCGUACUGGGACGACAUCUCCGAGUCGGGUUUCAGGCUUCCGAUCUCUGGCGAUACGGCUCUGGAAAAAGAUAUUCACGGUUCCGUGUGUGAGCAGAUUCAGAAGAACUUCGCUCGCAGUCAGUGGAAGCGAGCGUUCAACGCCACGUCUUUCCUGCGCCACAUCACCAAGCUGGGGCCGGGCGCUGAGGGCGAGGAGAUCGGAGAGGCCACAUCCGGGGGAGAGCACGGGAAAUGGUGACCGGAGAGGUGCCCAAAGAGCCCGGGCCGCCGCCCUUUGCAUGAGCUACCCUCCCGCAUGCGGCUUCACAGCCACGACGUUGCGCCAGCACCCUCGUCCGAGGAGGGGCUCUCCUUCCAUUUCCUGCGCCUCCUUCCGAGGACGUCUCUGGCCCGAGAGGCUCGAGAGUUUAAAACUGGAGUCCGUCACUAGCCAGCCCGCUCUCAGAGGGGGCCCAAAUCCACCCCGCUGGGGACCAAAGUCCGAGGCCCCUCGAGGCCGGGGAACCCGCCGAAACCUCGCUGUGUUACUCACCCCACUUCAAAAUCCACGUCAGCCGCAGAGGCUGGUAGAGAGCGAGGUCAGGAAUGGGUGUUUUGUGGCAGGGAAACAAGAACGUCUGCCCCACCCCCUUCGCCGGACUGUAAUCCAGAGGGAUCACUCCAAAAACGGAUCCGAGACCAAUCUUUCUCCCCUCCCCGUGAGAAUUCUAAGAAAAAAAUGGUAGCCCCAAGAUGGAGUGAAGCCAGUAGAAGUGAAAAAUAGAGGGGUCGGGCAAGGGCCACGGAGGUAAAAUGGAGGGAUCCUCCCGUCUAGCCUGCAAGCGAUCCCCGGGCCGGAAUGAAGGUGCGGCUGGCUAAUCGUCUUGCGGAGUUCAGGAUUUGAGAUUCAGAAAAGGUUAUGGUUGGCCUUUGUUGAGCACCCCGGGGGUGAAGACAGAUGUAACACUGGGAAAGUGGCAGAGUUGGUUUUGGUAUCACCCUUGCUGCUUUCCCGGCAAACAUACUUCCCUCUCCCUUCUGGAGUAAGUGUCGGGGAACAGAUAGUUCUGCAAGUUUUCAUCGUUGUACAGCCUGAAACCCGGGAAGGGUAGGCACCUAUUGGCUAGUGCCAGUGCCGUUUCCAGCUUUCUUCCCAGUUCUGAAACAGGCUCACGACUAUUCUAAAAAUGUUUGUGAAGGAGGGUUGUUGGUUUUUUUCCUUUGAGGGGGAGGGAAAGGCGAAGGAAGGGUGUAGAAAAGCUUAAACACAAGUUUCCCGCUUGAAGUGAGAACGAAAGUAAAAAAGGCGGUCGAGUCCGAGAGGGAUUUUGAGGGAUGGGUUAAGACUGUGGGAUGCUGCACCUCUUGGGCAUGGGAAGCCAUUGUAUCGCCCAGCUUUUGACUCGUUCGUGUGCCUAAGUGUAAUGUAAAUAACAAACCGUGAGUGGACACGGUCGGUGAAGAAUGCGCUGAGAUCGCUCUUGGAAUGCUGUGUUUGUCUCCCGUUUUUGUCGGUAGCUAGGCUGCGUUAGGCAAAGUCCGAUCUGAACUGUUGAGCAGGAGAGAGCCGGGUGGGGCCUGUCGGGAGAAGACGCUUCCUACUAGGUUGGGACAGGGGUGUGGAGGACCUAGCUCAGCGGCAGAGCCUCUGCUGGGCCUGCAGAAGGUCCCAGGUUCAAUCCCCGGCAUCUCCAGU